AUGGGUGUGCCGUCGGUGCACUGUGAAGAUAAGCCACAGGGAUUAAGAGUGCUUGUUGCACAUUGGAAACGCUUUUUCCUCAAUAGAUCAAAAUCCGGUAUAUUGAAAGACCUGGAUUGCCAGUACAGGGAGGAGGAGGGCGUGCCUAUCCUUAGCGCGGCGGAACAGGAUAGGGUUGGCGAAGUAACUGAUUCUGUCCAGCAGGGCGACGCUUUAACGCCCCAAACAGAUGUGGGCAGUAAUGCUGCUGGUGAUGGGGAUCUUAGUGUGGAUGUCAAAGCUCUGAACGAAACGUUGCCGGAGGAGGGAGCGCAAUGUAUUGAAAUGGUCGAGUUAUCAAGUGAAAAUACAGUAGCUACAGGUGAAGUAACAUCUUUGGGGAUUGAUGAGGAAUCAGUUGACAGCGUGGACAAUGCGGGUAAGCAACUAGUAGCGUCAUGCCAUAUAAAAUCUGAAGAAGAAAAUGCGCCGCCUGAGGAGGAUUUGCUCGAAAGGGAAUCCGUGGAAAGCUACGACUACACGCGCACAGAGGAUAGUAUGACGGAAGUGUCAUACUGCAGUGCCGAUGAUACGAGCAUUGAAGGCGUUGCUCGCAACGAUGACAGCGGUGACUCACUAGUUUCUUCGGCAUCAUCUUUUGAGAGCGACUGGCAGCCGCGCAAAGUGAAAAAACGGGUUAACCCCGCUCUGCAGUCCAAGGGUUGUUUCGGGUUCACCCUUAUCAUUGCGCUCAGCAGACUGUUUUGGCGACUUCACCGUCGACCCGCGCGCAGAGUGCGAAGCGUAAUGCGAGACAAGAUAACACCCAUGACCUCAGGUGUAGUUUUAAAUAUCGCCUCAGUUGAUGAAUACGAGGGGCGUCGAAGUAGGUGCCAAACCGCAAGAAAACGUCCGUAUGUGCAGCAUCGAAGACAGUUGGAUGCCUCCACAAGUUCUGCACAGUCAGAUGAUUCUCGGGGCAAUUGGACAAGCAUAUCUAACGCAGACAGCGGUGAAGUCGAAGGCAAUGGGUUGCUAGCGAAGCUUAUACACAAGAAAGAUCAGAUGAAGUACGCGUUGGAAGACUACCGCAGAAAAAUCAAGCUGCUGCAGCGCCAGGUCAACCACAACAGCGGUGUCGGGCUUGCAUACAAUAUAUCUAGAAGCAGGGUCCUAUACGAUUUGGACGAAGCAGUCUGCUGA